GGCGGGCCUAGAUCUCUCCAGAGUCCAGACUCGUGCCGACCGCGCCAGCUUCGCCGUAUCCGUAGGCCGUCGCUGCGGGGCAAAUCAUGGCGAGGCUGGUGUCGACUGCCCUCGUCAGGGGGGUCGCGAGGUCGUGCCGCGCGUCGACCACGGCGGCGGCUGUGUCACGACCCACUUUCCAACAGUUCAUGACCUACGCAUCACAAGUCGGUGCGGAUUCUAAUGCAAACAUGGCAUCAGGUACAACACGGGUAGCCGCUGAUCUGGAUACACAUCAAGAUUUCCAGCCUACAAGCAAAGGUUCUGACUUGUCUUUGCACGACAUCGUUGCUCAGGAUAUCAAGGAGAAUCCAGUCUUGAUAUGCAUGAAGGGUUAUCCUGAUGCUCCCAGGUGUGGGUUCAGUGCACUGGCAGUUAAGGUCCUCCAGCAAAUAUGGUAAGCUAUAUCUAGGUACAAGCUGUCAAUCAAUGGUCUCCAGAAUUCUUAAAUCGUAUAUUUGUCUAUUGUAGGUGUUCCUAUCAGUGCUAGAGAUAUUCUGAGUAGUAUGAAGCUCAAGGAGAGUGUGAAAGCUCACACUAACUGGCCUACCUUUCCACAAAUAUUUAUCAAAGGAGAGUUUGUUGGGGGAUCUGAUAUCAUAUUAAACAUGCACCAGAAAGGUGAGCUUAAGGAUCUACUUGGUGAUGUUGCACAAAAGGGCGAGUAAGACAGUGCCCAUGAAGCAAGCCACGGUAUAUUAGCAUUAGCAUGGAGAUGGAUGCUUUCUUCGAGUGACUUCCUCUCCGGUGUUCCCGCACAGCAUUUGUGGUCUCCUGUUCCCAGUAGUGAUGAACAAUUCCUCAAUUCCAAUAGCAUCCAAGUUUGUUCCGAUGAUCAAUAAAUGUCACUCUGCAUUACUCCCUCCGUCCCAUAAAUAUUGGCACGGUUUUAAACUAGAGCUAGUUCAAAACCACGCCAAUCUUUAUGGAACGGAGGGACUACCUUUUUUUUUACCUUGUGCUGUUUAUGACUCAUAUGGAUCUUGAGAUUCCAAUACAUCAGGUGCUUUGGGGAUUCCA